AAAAAAAAGGGGAAAAAGAAAUCCAAUAACACAAGAAUCACUAUAGAUUCCAAGAAUUAAUAUAAUAUGAUUAGUUAAAAAUUAGUCAACGGAGCAUCAAAAAUCAUCUUCCCCAAAGUUACAACCUUUAUCCAAUCAAAGAAAUCCCCAAAUUAGCUGGAAAAAAGUUUCAAUUUUUAAUCUUCUCUUAUGAAAACCUAAAAAUUCCCCCAUUGUGAUUCAUCAAACAAAUUAAAGACUACCCACUUUCUCCAAUCUUAGGAAUUGUACUAGUAAAUUUACAGGGAUGAUCACUCAGCUGUUUACUUUCGUACUUCUCGUUGCUACUUUCUCUCUCCUACCAGCAACAGCUACUAAUCUUUUUUGUGAGGCUGGAAUUGAAUAUGGAGAAACUGGAUGUCAUGUUUCAUCAUCAUCAUCAUCAUUAACAUCAUCAAGGAUAUUGAUAAAAGGAGGAACAAUUGUGAAUGCCCAUCAUCAAGAAGUUGCUGAUGUGUAUGUGGAGGAUGGUGUCAUUGUUGCAGUCCAACCCAAUCUCAAGGUAGGUGAUGAUGUUGUUGUGCUUGAUGCGACUGGAAAGUAUGUCAUGCCAGGAGGGAUUGAUCCACACACUCACCUGGAUAUGGAGUUCAUGGGCACUGAGACCAUUGAUGACUUCUUUAGUGGUCAAGCUGCCGCGCUAUCCGGAGGUACAACAAUGCAUAUCGACUUUGUCAUACCUGUUAACGGAAGCUUGACAACUGGUUUGGAGCGGUACAAACAAAAGGCCCAAAAAUCUUGUAUGGAUUAUGGUUUUCAUAUGGCAAUCACAAAAUGGGACGAAGUUGUUUCAAGAGAAAUGGAAUUCAUGGUUAAGGAGGAAGGUAUAAAUUCUUUCAAGUUCUUCAUGGCGUACAAGGGGUCUUUCAUGAUCAAUGAUGAGCUUUUGAUAGAGGGGUUCAAGAAAUGCAAGUCUUUGGGUGCCUUGCCUAUGGUUCAUGCAGAAAAUGGUGAUGCUGUUUUUGAAGGGCAGAAGCGAAUGAUAGAACUUGGCAUCACUGGUCCGGAGGGACAUGCUCUUUCAAGACCUCCUUUGCUUGAAGGAGAGGCUACAGCUCGAGCUAUUCGACUAGCACGUUUUGUAAACACGCCUCUAUAUGUGGUUCACGUAAUGAGCAUCGAUGCGAUGGAAGAAAUAGCCAAAGCUCGAAAAUCAGGACAGAGGGUCAUUGGUGAGCCUGUGGUUUCGGGAUUAAUCCUGAAUGAUUCCGUGCUUUGGGAUCCUGACUUCUCCAUUGCAGCAAAAUAUGUCAUGAGUCCACCUAUCAGAGAAGCUGGGCAUGGUAAGGCGCUUCAAGGUGCUCUUGCAACAGGAGUUCUUCAGCUAGUCGGAACUGAUCAUUGUACAUUUAAUUCAACACAAAAGGCUUUUGGAAUUGAUGAUUUUCGAAAAAUUCCAAAUGGUGUUAAUGGGCUUGAGGAGAGGAUGCAUCUAAUUUGGAAUACUAUGGUGGAAUCUGGUCAGAUAUCAGUCAAUGAUUAUGUGAGGAUAACAAGUACAGAAUGUGCAAAAAUCUUCAACAUAUACCCGAAAAAAGGAGCGAUACUCCCAGGAUCUGAUGCAGAUAUCAUAAUACUCAAUCCUAACGCAAGUUUCACAAUUUCAGCAAAACUGCAUCACUAUAGAACAGACACAAAUGCCUAUGAGGGGGUGACGGGCAAGGGAAAGGUUGAAGUGACUAUUGCAGGAGGAAGAAUUGUCUGGCAGAAUGGGGAGCUUAAAGCCUUUCCGGGUUCUGGAAAAUAUGUAGAGAUGCCUCCUUUCAGUUAUGUUUUUGAUGGUAUUGAAAAGGCAGACAACAGAUAUCUCUCUUCUCUUCAAGCUCCGGUAAAACGAUUCAGAUCUUCAACUUAAAACUGCAAAUAUCUUUGUACAUAAACUUCCACUUUCAUUUUCAAUUGAUAUGAUAAUUAAUUAUGAACAAUGAAUUAUAUUGUUGAUUAUUUUGGAUUUGCAAAGGUCAAAAAACUGGGAAAUUAUAAUAUAUGUCCCAAAAAAUAGGGUUAUUGCCAUGGAA